GUUGACAUAAAUUGACAGUUUUAACACUGUUAUUUGUACAAGAGAAGCAAAAGCCGUAUUCUCAACUUUUGUUUAUUUGAUUUUCGAUUCAACUUUGCAAGUGGACUCUGUACUAAUCCUGCAAAAAAAAAAUGAGCAACACGGUCAACUCGAAAUCGCGAGGCAAGAACAUCGAUCUGAGCAAUGCCGACAUUUGGGACGACACACUUUUGAUAAAGGCAUACGAUGAAUCUCUGAAACUGGCCAAAGAAGAGGUGGCUAAGCGCAUAGCUAGAUCCACAAACAAGAAAAAUGCAAACGAUAGCGUUGAUGAUGAUGACGAAACCGCUUCGAAACAAAGCCAAUGCCAGUACAGUGUCGGCGAUUUUGUGCGUGCAACAUACGAAGAUGGAUUGGAUUAUGAGGCGAAAAUUGUCAGCAUCGAUGCAGAAUGUGGAAACUGUGUGGUCAGAUUCAUUGGCUACGAAAACGAGGAAACCGUCGAUCUGAAUGAUCUGCUAGCUUCGUGGGGUAAAAAUGUUCGAAAGAAUCAAAUGCGUGCGGCUGCUAAGGACGUCGAUAAGAGCACGAAGCGUAAGGGCAAUUUUCCAUCAAAUGUGCCAAACACUUCCGUACCAAUACCAAUGCUUCCGCCGCUACCUCCAAUGUUGAACGAUACAUCUGAGGACUCGGAAAAUAUGUCAGCGAUGUUAAUGUCAUGGUACAUGAGCGGUUACUACACAGGAUAUUAUCAAGGUCAAAAAGAGGCUCAAAAUAAAAUGUCAAAGAAAUGAUUCCCGUACAACA